UUGUUUCUCAGCUCAACAGCAGGAGAUUCUGCUCUCUCUGAGGAGGUGCACGUCAGUUGUGAGGGGAACUAAAUCAGAGAUGGCGGGCCAGAAAGCGGAGGAUGAAGGGAAGGAAGAUCGGGUUCACCUGAGACGCAGCAUUAGUCUGGUGCCUGCAGUCUCUUUCAUCGUGGGCACCAUGGUGGGAAGUGGGAUCUUCAUCGCUCCCAAAGGAGUGCACAUCAAUACAGGCAGUGUGGGACUCUCCCUGCUCAUCUGGGCGCUCUGUGGACUCCUCUCCACGUUAGGUGCCUUGUGCUAUGCUGAGUUGGGUACCAGUUUCAAAAAGUCUGGUGCCCAUUACACAUAUUUACUUGAGACCCUUGGGCCACUUCCUGCUUUCCUGAGGCUUUGGUCUGAGUUCAUUUUCAUCAGACCUGCAGUGACUGCGUAUAUUGCCCUGGCUUUUGGACACUAUGUCGUAGAACCCUUUUUCACACCGUGCCCAGCUCCUCUACCAUUAAUCAAAUUGACCAGUUUUCUUGGACUGACAUUUUUGGUGGCAGUGAACUGCUGGAGUGUAUCGCUGGCCUCUCGUACACAGGUCUUCCUCUUGAUCAUUAAGCUCUUUGCUCUGGUUCUGAUCAUUGUCCCAGGAAUUAUGGCCCUGGCCAAAGGGCGAACUGAAAACUUCCAGAAUUUUUUUAACUCGGAGCAGCUCACACUGACAAAGCUGCCUUUAGCCUUCUACUCAGGACUUUAUGCCUAUUCUGGAUGGUUUGCAUUAAACUUUGUGACCGAGGAGGUUAUCAAUCCAAAAAGAAACAUUCCCCUGGCCAUCAUUUUGUCCAUGGUCACAGUUACUACAUUAUAUGUGCUAGUGAAUGUAGCAUAUUAUACUAUGAUGACUGAAGACGAGCUGCUGAUAUCCGAUGCCGUAGCAGUGACUUUUGCCAGCAAAGUCCUGCCCAGGAUGGCAUCACUGGUGCCCUUACUGGUGGCCUUGUCCUGUCUUGGGGCCAUGAAUGGGGGGAUCUUUGCAGUCCCUAGAAUGUUAUUUGUGGCAGCCAGAGAGGGACAAUGGCCAGCUCUGUUUUCCAUGAUACAUAUACGAAGAAAGACACCAAUGCCUGCUGUACUAUUGCUGUCCCCUCUAAUGAUUAUCAUGUUGGCAAGAGGAGAAAUUUAUCAACUGAUCAACUUCGCUUCCUUCUCACGCUGGUUCUUCAUUGCCGUGGUAACACUGGGGCUUCUCGUCCAUCGCUAUCGAUUCCCAGACCAUCCAAGAGCAUUUAAGGUUCCUCUGGCUGUUCCUGUGAUCUUCACAGUGGUGUGUUUCUUUAUCGUGGGUCUGUCUCUGUAUUCAGACCCCUGGAACACAGGUUGUAGUUUCGCUGUUACUCUCACUGGAAUCCCAGUGUACUACCUGACCAUAAAGCACUCAUAUGUACCGACCCGUUGGAGAAAAGCCUUCAAUUACUGCAGUAAACAACUUCAGAUCUUGUUGGAGGUGAUACAGCAAGAGGUUCAGACCUACUGAAGGAGCACAAACAUUGCACUAAGGGGCAGUAAACACUUCAGCUCCAUAGUCUGCAUUAAGACCCCCUAAAAUUGUCAACAAAGCAUCCAACAACCUCUCAACUGACUGCCAUGAACAAGCCUAUCAACUGGUUCUCAACAACAUGUGAACAAAUGUUCAGAGUAAUAAUAGAGUAACAGUAGUAGAGAGAGUAACCUGGCCUUCAACAAGGUGCCUGUAGAGCCUGUAUAGACUGUGUAGCAGCUCUGUUGAUUCAUACUCAUGCAACUACAAGCAAACGCAAAUACUAACCAUGUAAUGCUAACCAGCAAUCACUAGGCAUUUAACUAUGACAGUAGUGUCAAUUUAAUUGUCAUUUAGUGAGAGUAAUUUUAUCAUCAAAAAUGGACUGUGAAUCAGAAAUGUAGUGUUACACAAGGGCAUUGCAUUCUGGCAAGUCCCUGGACUUUCCCUUUCAGUCUUCUGAUAAGUAAUGCAAUAUCUUCAAUGACAAAAUGAUAGUGACAGUACACUGUGAGAGAAAAAAGAGAGUAAGAGUAAACCUUUUUUCAGUUACACACACAUUAUGGACUUUCUGUUAAUGCAGAUUUCAUAAUUCUUUAAUUAUUAUUCAAAGCAGUUGUGUAGACUCAAAUAUUUGGUUUGUUUAAAAAAAUAUUUAAAAAAUAUAAAAAUCCCAAAAAUAAAAACUUAAAAUAACUGUUGUUACCAGAAUUAAAACUUUAUAUUUUACAUCUUUAUUAAAACUUUAUACUAUUAGGAAAUGGAUUAGUAAUGAAUAAGACAACUAAAUAAAUAAAAACACAUGUUCUAGAAUAUUUUUUAGUCAAAUGUAGGUAAAAGGCUGUGUGUGAUUUAUAUUGACAAGACACUUUUCUCUUUACUGAGCAAACGCAAAAUUUACUAAUAAUGGGCUAUAAUAAUAAUAAUUUGUCAAGCUAGAUACGAAUGAAUUCUUUCAUACAUUGCUCAUAGGAGCAUUUACAUUUUGGUAUUCCUGAAAUUUUCUUGAAAAAAACAACAGCUUCGUAUUGUGCAAAUUUCCAUAUAAGGAAAUAGGCUUCAAAUCAUAUAACUAGUAUGAAGUUACUACAGUUUUAUACAUGGGUUACACUAUCAAGUGUAGAUAGCUGAUUUAUUUCGAUUUCAUACACAAAUUUUACCAAAUUUUGUGAAACAUAGUCAUUUCAUUUGAAUGGCAUUAAUUAGAGAAAUAUUAAAUGUGUGAGAAAAAAUUUAUAAUUAAAGAAAGCAAGCCAACACAAAUCCAAAAUUCAAGGCAAAUAAGACCAGUUAUUCAAUUAAGACAAUAGAAAUUGAGCUGUAGAAAAUGAGGACUCUCUGCAAUGGCUCACCACGUCGUCUUUAGUUCGGUUUGGCCUACGAAAACAUUUACAUACAAUUUUAAUAAAAACAUUAAUCAGU